GUCGAUUUUUGGAUUAAUCAGUGUGACAUCUACCACAAGAAGUAAUCAUGAAAUACCUAGCUCUGACCCUGUUCGUGUGCCUGUUGGCCAUCGUCCUGGUAUCUGCAGUGCCCGUGGAUGAGUCCCUGAUUGGGGAUAAUAUCUACCAGCCAGCCUUCGAUGAGGUCCAGCGUCCCCAGGAUCCGCAGGCGAUCUUUAAGCUGAAGAAGCUGCUCAAGCUAAAGAAGCUCCUGGGUUAGGAGGCACAGCUCCACCCUUCGCCGGCGCCCAUCUGCCCGCUAAGCUCAGCUCAGAUUCUAGUCCAACCAAUUGGGAACUUGCCUCUUCCACAUCAUUCAAUAAUUCAGCAGUUUUGACAAAAAGAAAAAACCUAGAAAAUACCAUAAUCACACACAGCACGUUCAUACAUCCAUACAGACGAGUGAAGACCACGUAAUCGUAAAAUAAAUGUAAUUUUCAUACAACAAAAAGGCUCGUGCGAGACGACUUUCUUAUGUCAUCGGUCCGGGGGAUCUCCCUCUGUAUCCAAAAAGGAGCUAAUGACAGCGGGUCGAGUUUUUGUUUAUGUAGAUCUCGACGGGAAACUUGUUUGUGAUCGUCGUGUCCACGGAGAGAGUGUGAAAAGCGAG